AUGGAAUCUCCAGACCACAAUAUCGCAGAUAAGGUUACACCACAACUGCUUCACCCACCUUCAAUACGACCAGCUGAAGGAAACGAGCCAAGUCAUAAUGCGACAACUUCUUCUAACUUAUCACCCAAUGCAUCUGGGUCUUCAUCACGGGUUCAUCGCCGGCGCUUCUCACGGAGUGGGAGACAAGAAGCAAAACACAUCCGGCUCCAGGCUCUAGAUCCCGGAACGAAAUCAUCUGCAUCAAGCAUAUAUUAUGGCUCAUUUAACAAUCACGCAAGACGAUCGAAAUCAUCACUUGGAUCACGUGGUGGUUCUGUGCCACCGUCACCUCGAGAUGCGCCAAGAGCAAGCAUGAGCCAUAGCCAUCUCGAAUCACUAUUGCAAAAUCUUGAAUUGGACCUCGAUACUUAUGGCGUCGACGAGUUACGAGAUGGGUUCUUUGAUGCCUCUUUUACGAAGCCUCCAAAAUUUAACAGGAAGGAGCUCAGAGAAAAUGUGCAGGACACGCUCCCAGAUACGUUUAAGGAAACAAAUCCGCUGUCCCCAACACUUCUUCUACGCCAGCAAUGGCUACAGCUUCGAGCACUAGUAAAAGAGGUGUCAGUUACUCGUGCAGGAAUUAAGCUGACUAAGUCAUUUCUUGGGUUCUUCGUUGCUUACAUUUUAUGCCUCGUUCCGGUCAUCAUGAAUUGGUUGGGAAGAUACAGUUACAUCAUGGUCUUAUCUGCGAUAAUUGUCCAUCCUGGCCGAACUGUAGGAGCACAAAUUGAUGGUGCUAUUCUCACGACUGUUGGUACUGCUGGUGGUCUAGGGUGGGGGGCAUUUGCGUUGUGGAUCUCAGACUCAUCGGCCACAGCGAGAAAAGGAUAUGGAGGAAUAUUGGCAGCCUUUCUUGUCAUUUUCAUGGGCAGUAUUGCGGCACUUCGUUCUUACUAUGUCAGAAUUUAUCAGCUGGUGCUUUGUGCAGGUAUUGCCGUUAUCUAUACUUGUUUGGCAGAUACCUCCGAGUCUGUGAACUGGGGUAAGCUGUUUGACUACGGUAUUCCAUGGCUGUUCGGUCAAGCAAUCUCACUCAUUGUGUGCUGUACUGUCUUUCCAGAUGCUGGCGCACGACCUCUUGCCGUCUCGCUGCACAGUGCCCUUGGAGUGAUGCAAGAUGGACUUGUCCUUCCACAUCCAGAUGAUGUCACGAUUCGAAGACAAUUGGCGUUGACGUUUGUCAACUUGUCACAAGCACAUCGUGACCUUACGUUGGACAUUUCGAUUACUCGCUUUCCACCAUCAGACGUUAUCGCUCUUCGAAAUCUUAUGCAGGGUGUCAUUCGAUCUCUUCUUUCUUUAAAGAUGCAAACUGCUCUGUUCGACUCGAAGGAAGAGCCUGUGGAAGUGAAAAUGAAUGGCAGGGGUCACGAACAAUUGCCUAGUUCUCGAGCGGGCGACUCAGUCAUAGAUAUUGAUGGCGCGAAACGGCCCUCGAUCGCGCGCACAACAACAGGAGAAAGAGCUGUCUUGCUAGUGACUAGUAGACUAUCACAGCCAACUAUGGAUCUUCUUUCGUGUAUGAGGAAAUCCUUCAAACGAUGUGAUGCUGUUCUGAUGGACAUGUCAGGUUACAGGAGAUAUAUUGGACCUGAUAAAGAAACAUCAUCAGAUAUUAUUGGUAUAUUGACCAAGUUACGGAAAGUAAUGAUUAAGUAUGAUGAAGAAGAAGAUUCUUUAAUGGAAAACCCGGCUCUCCCGCCAACAUAUUCUGAUCAUCCGGAGGUUGUUGAAUUGUUCCUAUUCGUCCAUCCUGUCAGACAAGCAGCUCGAACCGUCGAAGCUUUACUAGUUAAGGUCAUGGAAAUGCAGCAAAGGCGACGAGGAUGGAGAAUCUAUCUACCAUCAUACCCGCUCAAAAAAGGGUUACAGAGAACGAACGCUCAGGUCAGACAUGAUCGAGGCGGCGUUACAGCGGGUUUCUACUUCAGGAGUCAAACACAAUUGGCCAAAAGCAUGCGAGGAAUGGCAAAUAUCUACAAGCCAUUACCACAUCUGAACGGCCCGCAGAAAGAAGAAGACCCAGAACCACAAGCGAUGGCAAGAAGUGAAACCAUGGGAAAAUAUGAAGAAGAGGAAGAUGUAGCUAUGGAUCGAAACUCUCAGAUCUCAAAGAAACAGCGUUUCCGCUAUCGAGUAUGGCUGGUUCUUCAUCGAUUGCAAGGCUUCGAAACUAGGUUUGCGCUCAAGGUCAUUAUCAUGACUUCUCUAUUAGCCGUUCCCGCAUGGCUUCCUCAAAGUAGAGGAUGGUGGAAUAAAUAUGAAAGUUGGUGGUGCGUUGCCAUGGUUUGGAUUAUGUCUCACCCAAGAGUUGGUGGAAACGUGCAGGAUGUGCUUACACGAGCUCUCUGUGCUGUACUUGGAGCUGUAUGGGGAGGAUUCGCGUAUGCUGCCAGAAAUGGGAACCCUUAUGUCAUGGCUGUGUUUGCUGCGAUAUACAUGAUACCGAUGAUGUACAGAUUUACGCAGAGUUCUCAUCCGCGGUCUGGGAUCGUGGGGUGUGUUUCUUUUAUAGUAGUCUCGCUUGCUGCUAAAGCUGAAGAGAAUCACGAGUCCACGGUUAUGAUUGCGUGGACUCGCGGGGUAGCUUUUGUGAUAGGUGUUGUGACGGCAGUAACAGUGAGUUCGAUAUUGUGGCCUUUUGUGGCUAGACAUGAGCUUCGAAAAGCUUUGUCUGCGAUGAUGAUAUAUUCAAGUAUCAUUUAUCGAGGUGUCGUUGCGAGGUAUGUAUAUUAUGAGAAAGGAAAUGAACCAGGAGAGGAGGAUAUCAAACGAUCUGAAAUGCUAGAAGGUCGUCUCCGCGAGGGUUUCGUCCGAAUCCGCCAACUCAUGGCGCUCACUCGCCACGAAAUCCGUCUCCGCGGCCCCUUUGAUCCCCUCCCCUACUCCGCUCUCAUAGACGCUAGCGAACGCUUCUUCGAAUACCUCGUCUCCGUCCGCCAAUCCUCCCUCUUCUUCCACCCCCACUACAUAACCCACACCGAAGCCGCCGCCGACGCCCUCCUCUCUUUCCGCCGCGACGCCGUCGCCGCGAUUCUGAUGAACCUCUAUGUCCUUGCUGGCGCAUUGCGCGGAGGUCGUAAAGUACCUCGUUACCUCCCCUCCGCCGCCCUCGCCCGAAAAAGGCUGUUGGACAAGAUGGCCGAGCUCGAAGCCUCACAAGCGCAAACCCGCGAGCUAGAACGCAUUUCAUCUGGUCAAUCCGCGGGAGAAGAUCGACGGUGGAGUCAGAUCUACAGUUAUAGCUAUAGUCAGAGCUUGACGGGGUGUGUGCGGGAGCUGGAACAGUUGGUGGUGUGGACUAAGGAGGUUGUUGGGGAACAGGGGUUCGAUCCUGUGAGUGAUUUGGAGUAUGAGGGGCAUAUGGUUGAGACUUGA